UCCUGCCCUGUUUACCUAUAAAUACAACGCACUGAUAUCCAUGUUCACAUUUAGUUUCAUGCAUGCGGCGUGAACAGGAAAGAGAAGGUUAAACCAUCAGUUUGCAUCCAUCACUCAACAAGAAACAUCAACAUGUUUCUGUUGAAUAUUUGCGUCUGUGCCGGCCUCAUGCUGUCCCUUUCUCAGUGUACGGAUCAAUUAGGCACAUACGGGACACCCAAACAGUGCCUAGAGGCAGAAUUCGCUCCAGGUACCAAUUUGGCCGGAGAAGGCUUCGAUAUCACAAAAAUGGAACGUAAAGGGGCCUUCGUGCUCAACAUGAAUCACUGGAAACGAAAGGACAGAACAUGCAUCCUGGUUACCAACCCCUAUCUGGAGAAUAAAAGGCAAAAGCUCCCCUUGUCAGUGGUGGACUGGAGGGCAAAGCAGUCCUGCAGCAUGAAAUUGGCGACUGAGCUCCACAAAUCCAGUGAGUCUCUACUCACUUCCAGCACAUCUUCUGUUGAAAACAACUGGAAAGUCGGUUUAGAUCUUUCAAUAGGAAAAAAAGGCGCCUCGUUUAUGCUGGCUGGCACCAAUUCUAAAUUGUCUGAAUACUCCAUGGGGAAAACAAAGAGUGACAAGUUCAAUUUUGCAACCCAAAGCAUGCACUGUGAGUACUACAGUUACCGAGUGUCUAACAAGCCCAGGUUGCAUAGAGAAUUUAAAACAGCACUGAAACAGCUGCCCAAAGUCUACAGUGCUGAAAGCAAGCAACAGUUUUACAAACUGAUUGACAACUUUGGAACCCAUUACAUUACCAAGGUGAAGUUGGGAGGAAGUGUUAAUUCUGUGACCAGCGUCCGAGAGUGCAAGGCCGGCCUGGACGGACACACUGCAGAGGAUGUGCAGAUGUGCCUGGAAGUCGAGGCGUCCGCCACUAUCAAAGCUACAAUAAGUACUCAAGCAAAGCACUGCAAGAAGGAUGUCCAGAAGUCAGACAGUAAGUCAGCGUUCUCCAGCCUCUUCAAUGACAGGUUCACAGAAAUAAAGGGGGGCCACACCACCGAGCCAGACCUUCUCUUCUCUGCUGACAAAAAUCCAUCAGCCUACAAGGAAUGGCUGAACACGUUACCAAACAAUCCAGACAUAUUCUCAUAUUCCCUGGAAUCGCUGCACGAGUUACUGCCUCUUAAAAGCCCUCGCCGGAGUAACCUGAGCUCAGCCAUUAGCCAUUACAUCCUGGAGAAAGGCCUGAUGAAGAACUGCAGCACCCGCUGUCAGACCGGCAUCAUGAGCGACCCGAAGGAUCACUGCGUCUGCAAAUGCCACAAUGUCCCCGGUGUAACCCCAGACUGCUGCCCGACCCGUAAGGGCAUGGCACGGGUCAUCAUAACUGCACAACGGGCAACUGGUCUUUGGGGAGACUUCUUCACUUCCACAGACGGUUACGUGAAAGUGUUCUUCAACGGGCCGUUUUGGCGUUCUCCUGUCAUUAACAACAACAACAACCCGCACUGGAACAUGAUCGUCGACCUGGGCACCCAGGAUGUGUCAUCAGGACCUAAAGUGAAAUUUGAAGUGUGGGAUCAGGACAGCGGCUGGGACGACGACCUGCUGGGAAAAUGUGAGCGAAGUCUGUCUGCUGGAGUGAAAACGGAUCUCUGUCACCUGAAUCACGGCCAGCUGUUCUUCAAAAUGAAUGUGACAUGUGCUCCAAGUCUGACCGGACCGCAAUGCACAGAUUAUAAACCUUCACCUAUGAGUCAAAGUCUGCAGAAUCUAUAUGUGUCCCGUCAUGCCCACCCUAUUCCAAAGGCCAUCCUGUUAGAGAUGGGUGUGUUUGUGAAUGAAACAAGCUCAUACAGAAACCAGAGUCUUCCUGCUGAGAUCAAAAAGGUUGAUUUGAUAUAAUACCUGCAUUUGGCUUUACUGAGGUUUACAUUCAAAGUGUUACCAACAUUUUUUGCAGCAUUAAAGUUAAGAUGCAUUAUCAUAACUGUUACCCCUUAUUAAAUCUCUACUGACCAAAAAAGAUGAGAUGUACAUCUGUGAGGGAAGAAUUGACAAAGUGGCUCCAGUUCAGGAAACUUCAUAUUUCCUGUGUUCAAUUUUUAUUUCAGUUUAAUCUCUAUUAAGGGCUCAAUGAAUUUAAAGUAAAAUAAGAUUUGUGUUUUGAGUAUUGUCAAUGAAGAUUAGAUACACAAGAUCAUCUAAAAGUUCCUGCAGUUGUUGAAAAGUGACUUUGAUUCAAUGCAGCUUUUACAAACAAACUUAUUUUUGGCCUUAUUUUCUUUCUUUUUUUUUUACACUUUUUUACUUGUGCAUUUCUUUUUUGCAGCUUAAUGCUUCUAUACAAACAUCUAUAAAAUGUACUAGUAUGUUUUAUACAUUUUAAUCACAUGUUUUGCUUUGUGGAUUUUUGACAUGAUGUUCAACUCAAAUUUCUAGUAAGAGUAAAGGAGAGAGAAGUGAAGAAUUGAACAUAAAGCUUUAUGUUUCCAUGCAAGGCCUUCAUAUUAUACAUGUUUCAUAUAUUUUAUAUUCUGGUUGCAGUAGUUCCUCUCCUUCAUCCUCCAUUA